AUGGACACCAAGCAGCGGCAGUAUGCGCGUCUGGCGAUGCACCUAAAGCAGUUGCGGGAAAACCUCGAUGAGACGUGUGCUCAGGUCGAGACGAUGGCCCAACAAAGCAAAAUGAUCACCAAACUCGGAGCCAACCAAGCAGCGUCUUUUAUUGGGAGCAGCCGCGUGUUUGAGAACGAAAUGUUGAAGAAGUAG